AUGAGGCUGUGUUAUGUACUAGCCCCGUCUUUUAAAGACUCGCCUGAUUUCACUACCGCCAAAAUAACUUCGCUUAGCGAGUUACCACCCCCCCAAACCGUCAAAAUUUCACCCUCAACGGACGCUCUGCGUUACGCACAAGCCCAAGAUCCGCCAGGAUGGCCCAAUUCACUACCCCAAACAUCGCCUCUAAGGCAAAAUCCCAAUCAAGAUCUUCCCAUCAAUUUCACAGCAGACUUCGAGCUCUUCGGUCCAGCAGAUCCUUCUCCCAAUCCAAUCAACAGGAGGACGCAAGAACCCCUCAACUCGACUUCUCGUGCGAUCCCUGAUUUGACUUCUUCAACCUCAGCUUCAGCUGUUGGAAACGUCAACGACGCUGUCUUCAAUCUCGGUUACACCACUUCCCUGCCAACCAACCGCUCGUCCUUUGUCCCUGUCCAACGCUCUCCAUUCGUCAACCCCGCUUCGGACUUCAAUCCCGCUCUCAUAGAGACUCUCUCCGACAACCACCGAUCACAUCUUAUUCGAGGUAAUUCUUCCCCCAUUAAUAUUCCCAUUAUUCCCAUUAUUCCCGUUCCCAUCUCCACUCUCACACUUCCCCCAAUCAACUCCAUCUUCGACUCUGUCGAUAUGGAAAUGACGGAAACCGAAAUGGAAACAGAAACGGACACUUUAGCCAUGUAUCUAGACUAUUCCUCCUGUUCUUCCUCUCCUUCUUCUUCUUCUGAAUCCCCGCUAAACAUCAAUAUUAACAAAUCUUCAGAGUUCAACAAGCGACAGAGAAACAUGGAAGAAGAGCUGUUGUCCCUGGCAGCCCUCGAGGCUUCGCCAUUCCACGCCAACGACAUGACCUUCUCCCCCAACGGGCCCCUCUUCCACGACUUCUCCCCGUUCAUCGGUACUCUCCACACCGGAAGGACCAAUGACACUCUCGACGACUCCUCUCCAAUGGACACUCCUCUCUUUGGUCUUGACGAUGGAAUUCCCGAGGAAUGGCCCACCCUCUUCCCCACCGAGGAUGCCAUCAACCCUUCUUCCUCCACAGACAUCCUCGUCAAUCCCGCCGCUCUGAUGAUCGGUGGAGACUCCUCUUCUACCCCCCCGCUCACUGCCAUCAUCCCAUCCAGGCAGUUUUCUAACGACUCUAACAACUCUCUCACCCCACCAUCGCCUUCUAUGAAGUCAAGGUCGGCUUCCAACGCCCAGAAGAGAUCUUCUCUGACCGGUAUCAGCCGGAGGAAAGCCGCGGCCGAUCUGCCUCCUGUGCAGUUCGACCCUUCCAACCCAGUAGAUAUCAAGCGAGCGAGAAACACAAUGGCUGCUCGUAAAUCCCGAGCAAGACGAGUCGAGAAGAUGGAGGAAUUGGCAGAGGCCGUCGAGAAGCUGCAGGCUGAGGCCCAGCAGCUCAAGGAGGAGAAGGAGUUCUACAAGAACCUAGCUCGACAGCACGGUGCCCUAGUUGAUUGA